UAUCCGAGAGGAAAUGAAGACGGCCACGAGAGACUUUUACACACGGCGAAAAUGGCGGUUCAACUCUCUGGCCAGUGGCUAGUACCAAACUCUCCAACAUUCUCAGGCCAAUUUUCUCAGUGCCGAAGCAAACCCAAAAAUCUAUUCUCAACAACUCUCUGUGCUACGGCUUCUUUCUCUUCUCCACCUUCCACUAUCCAGAUUGUUGGUGGGAAAAGUCCAAGUUUAUAUGUAAAUGAGAAUUCCUCAAAUCUGUACGACUCUGGAGUUGAGAAUGACUGGGUUGAUCUUGAUAUGGAUCUUUAUCACUGGACUAAGGCACUGAGGCCUGUUCAGUGGUAUCCUGGGCAUAUUGCUAAAACCGAAAAAGAGCUUAAAGAACAGCUAAAGUUGAUGGACGUGGUGAUAGAAAUGCGAGAUGCGAGAAUUCCCAUGUCAACUAGUCAUCCACAGAUGGAUUCAUGGCUUGGUAAUAGGAAAAGAAUUUUGGUGUUGAAUAGAGAAGACAUGAUAUGCACGGCAGACCGGAAUGCGUGGGCAGCUUAUUUUGCGAGGCAAGGAACAAAAGUUGUCUUUUCAAAUGGCCAACUUGGAAUGGGUACGAUGAAGCUUGGCCGGUUGGCCAAGGCUUUGGCUGCAGGUGUAAAUGUCAAACGCAGAGCCAAAGGACUGCUUCCUCGACGGAUUCGAGCUGGAAUAGUUGGGUAUCCAAACGUUGGGAAAUCUUCUUUGAUCAACCGUUUGUUGAAGCGACGGAUGUGCCCAGCGGCUCCAAGACCAGGGGUUACAAGGGAAUUGAAGUGGGUUCGUUUUGGGAAAGAUCUUGAACUGCUUGACUCUCCUGGCAUGAUUCCAAUGAGGAUCAGUGAUCAGUCUGCUGCGAUAAAGCUUGCAAUAUGUGAUGACAUUGGAGAAAGAUCCUAUGAUUUUGUUGAUGUUGCUGCAAUUCUUGUACAGAUGCUGACAAAGAUUCCAUCAGUAUCGAGGCUCUUCAAAAACGCUACAAGAUUGACGUGGAUGGUCACUGUGGAAAAGUAUUUGUUCAUAAGCUCGCGCUUCACUUGUUCAACGGCGACCAUAACCAAGCGGCAUUCCGGGUCUUGACCGAUUUUCGGAAAGGGAAGUUCGGUUGGAUUGCAUUGGAGCGGCCGCCGCGGUGAUAGACAUUGACGGACGACAUCGAUGACGUGGGAGUUGCAUGUUCAUCAUUGACAAAGAAAGAAAAGUAAAUACAAUUAUGCAUGCCCAAUCCAGGCAUUGAAAAUGAUCUGUUACUGAAUGCCUGUGAUUUCUUUGGAAGAUUGGAGAAGAGCCAGGAUGUGUUUUAUCAUUUGAUUACACUCUCAGAAAGAAGUGAUUGAUUAGGAAGCUUCGUCCUUGGUCAUUCUUUUUUCCCCUCUCACUCACUAUCAUUACUUGUAGUAGAACUGUUUAUAUCGGUACGUCUUUUGGGUUGCUUUAGUUUGAGGUACCAUGAUUAUCUCACGUGUUAUAAUACACAGAAAUAAUAUACAUUUCCAACAUUCAUUUUCUACCCUACUAAUACUGGUAUACUAUUUCUAAUUUUAACUGGUUUAUUCGAUUAUCACUAUAGUAGAUUCUGGUAUUAUUGCACCA